AUGUUUGAACAAGAAAUAGGUAAAUUUGGUCUUGGGGAAUUAAAUGAAGAUAUUGUUAAUGAAAAAGUUAAAGGAGAUACUAGUCAGGAAGAUAGUGAUUCUGAUAAAGAUGAAGAUGAUUUGGUUGAGGCAUAUGAAUUGAAAUUAUCUAAAAUUUCUGAUGCUUUUGAGAGGAUGAAGGAAAAACUGAAUUCAAAAUUCAAUGAUGCAAUUACAAAGUUUCACGAAAAGGAAAGUGAAGAAAGAAAUUAUGAAAAUGAGAAUGAAGAUAAAGAGGGAAAUGGUGAAGAAGACAAUGGUCAAAGAUAUGUUGAAGAAAAUGAUGAUGAAGAUGAUAAUGAUGAACUUGAAUUAGAUUAUUUGCUUAAUGGAAAUGAUGAAAAUAUGCAUCAUGAUGUCGAAGGAAACAGUGAAAAACGGAAUGCUAAAGACAAAAAGGAUGGGGAUAAUGAAGGAAUAGAGAAUGAUGGACAAACCAAAAAAAAUUUGAUGAAGAGAAAAAGGAAGGGAAGCUGA